AACUCUGAUGGACCAAUCAGAAGAAAUAUCAUCAAGAAAUGUCUUGGCCGUAGGCCCGUCAGGAAGUGCUUCACAGCAGAAGUUUUCCCAGCUGACUCUCCCCUCCCUCAAGUUCCUGCGUAGCCAGUAGGGUUUCCUAUCAAGUUCUCAGGACCAAGGAAAUGAGCUGGCUUCAGCACAUGGAAGACGGAGUUAGAGCCAAGCUGGGAGCUCCAAGAGCAAACUGAGAGUCUAUAGCCUUUGCAAAGAUUCUCCUCUUGAGUCACUCAGCUGGUGAAGAUCUUCAACUUCCCUGGAACCCAAGAGGCAGGACUGGUCAAGAACAGGCCUGGGGUAACCAGCCUUCUCCCUUCCUGCCAAAAUUCAGCCUCCAAGGCCCACACCCGCAAACCAGGAGAGGCCCUCUUCCACCAUUCCGAGGCUGAUCUGAUUCCAUGUGACCACAAGGGGUGCUUUGUCCACCUUCUGUUUGGCUCUCUCCAGUGGCAGUGGGUGUUUCCCAGAAAAUCGUCUUCUCUCCGCCAUGUCAGACUAUGAAAAUGAUGAGGAGUGUUGGAAUAUGCUCGAGAGCUUUCGGGUGAAGCUUAUCUCCAUCAUCGACCCUUCUAGGAUCACACCAUACCUCCGACAGUGUAAGGUCAUUAACCUUGAUGAUGAAGAACAAGUUCUCAAUGAUCCCAACCUGGUCAUUCGAAAAAGGAAAGUGGGUGUUCUUUUGGACAUCCUCCAAAGGACUGGUCAUAAGGGGUAUGUGGCCUUCCUGGAGAGUCUAGAACUUUAUUACCCACAGCUAUAUAAGAAAGUCACUGGGAAGGAGCCCACCAGGGUCUUCUCCAUGAUAAUAGAUGCUUCUGGGGAGUCAGGCCUGACACAGCUGCUCAUGAAUGAAGUCAUGAAGCUGCAGAAGAAAGUGCAAGAUCUGAACGUGAUGCUGAGUGCCAAAGAUGACUUUAUCAAGGAAAUGCGGGUGAAGGACAGCAUGCUGCGUAAGCACCAGGAACGGGUACAGAAGAUGAAGGAUGAUUGUGAGGCAUUUAGCCGGGAGCUCAAGAGGUGCAAGGAUGAGAACUAUGACUUGGCCAUGCUCUACGCCAGGCAGAGUGAGGAAAAAAACGCUGCGCUUAUGAGGAACCGUGAUCUUCAGCUUGAGAUAGACCGACUAAGGCACAACCUGAUGAAGGCUGAGGAUGACUGCAAGGUAGAGAGGAAGCACACAAUGAAACUCAGGCAUGCUAUGGAGCAGAGGCCGAGUCAGGAGGUCAUGUGGGAGAUCCAGCAGGAGAAGGAUCUUCUUCAAGCAAAGAUCCAAGAACUGGAGAGCUCCAUGAAGAAAGGAAAGCGGGACAAGAAUAAUGCUUACAUCCAGAUUCUGGAGGAAGACUGGAGACAGACUCUGAAGGAUCACCAGGAAAAGGAAAACAUAAUUUUCCACCUACGAAAGGAUCUGCGGCAAGCCGAGGCACUCCGGAACAAGAGCAUAGAAGAGAAGGAGAUGUUUGAGCUACAGGGCAUGGCCCUGCGCAAGGAUUCGAAGAUGUACAAAGAACGCAUCGAAGCUAUCUUGCAGCAGAUGGAGGAAGUAGCUAUAGAAAGGGACCAGGCCAUCAUGACAAGGGAGGAAUUCCACCUGCAGUAUUCGAAUAGUCUGAAGGAGAAGGAUGAGCUCCGGAAGCAGAUCCGGGAGCUGGGUGAAAAGUAUGAUGAGUUGCAGUUACAGCUGUUUAAGAAAGAGGGGCAGUUACUGUCUAUGGAGAGCAAGCUAAAGAGGCUGCAGUCGGAGACACCCAUUCUGAGUUCGGACUUAGAUGACAGCUCACCCAGGAAUUCUCAGGAGUUAACUCUUCCCAGGGACCUGGAGGAGAAUGCCCAGCUUUCCAACAAAAGUCAUCCAGCUAAGGAGAGGCUCCUAGAACAGCCCUUCGCCACCACAAAGGAGAAGCUUUUUCUGGCCCAAAAUGGAGGUGGACUGAGCAAUGGGGAUCCACAAGAGAAGGAACGGCGCCGUAUCAAAGAAAGCUUUGAGAACUAUCGUAGGAAGUGGGCGCACAGAAAGGUUCACCAUAGCACCCGGCAGGGAGAAGUAGACUGGGAAAACACCACAGGAAGUGACAACACAGAUACGGAGGGCUCCUAAGGCUAUAUUUGCCUGCUGAACCCAAGGCCCUAAAUCCCCCCAGCCAGUUUACUUAACCUCUCUGACAGGCCUAGUCAAUCUACCAUCACUCAUAUGGAUGGAAUUGAACAGGGAUGUCAAAGAUCAAAAACAUCAUUUAAGCCUCAAAACCAUCUCUGUGUGGUUUAGAUUCAGAAGGAAAGUCAUGUAUUUUGGAUUGCUGAACCCAAGGCUUUAAGAUCUGAAUUAAGAUCAACGUAGAUUGGCAUUAAAAUGAUUUUGUGGCCAUAAUGAAGGACGGAUAUGAAGAAUUCUGAGAAAGACAAGAAGACUUAUUUAAGCAGUAUAGGAUAAAGAAGACAGAAGCAAAGAACAAUUACAAUAACAGUGUGAAUAAAGACAACAUUAAACAGCAACAAAACGGGUCAAAUCCGAUGGAAAACAAUGGUACCAAAUUAUUAAAGCUGAAGGAGCCAACCAGCCACCCUUUAUGUUAACAAACAGAAAACUGCAAGACAUAGAAAGUGAUUUGUAAGCCUUUGAAGCCAUUUUGCUCAAUUAUCUGGGGCUCAUAUACAUACAGAGUUUGUUUGUUGGCAUAUGUGCUGUGUCAAAAUAAAAAAUAAAAAUGUAUUAAAAGGAAA